CGCCACGCGGUACCCUUACUCAUUGCUGGUCCAACUCAGCAAGGAUGCAGUUCAUGCUGUCAGUCGUGCUCGUUGCCGGAGCUUUGUCGGCACCCACGCCGCAAUUAUCCGUCAUCGGCAGCUCCGGGUCUAGCAUCACCCGCUUGGUCCCGUUAUUCCUCAAGGACCCCCUAGCCGCUCCCAACACAUUGGUUCCCGUGGUGGUGCCUGCCCCAGCCUCCUCCCCUCGGCAGCAGCAUGAAGAACCUGCACCAGCAGUUUUAAUACAAGACACAAUUAAAGUCGAAGAGAAAGCAAUCGUUCCGGUGACAGAAGAACAAAAACUCACGGGAGACGUAGCCGAAAUCAUUCAAUUUGUAGAAUCCGAGAAGAAGGUCGAAGAAGCAAUAAAAUCAGAAGUUGUCGAAGCUGCGGAGGCCGCGGAAGCUUUGGACGCUUUUAUUGCAGAAGUUAAGGUUGAAGCACCAGAGGAUGUGGCGCAAGCUUCCUUAGUUGCAGCAGAAAAAGCUCAAGUUGCUCUCGCAGAAGCCAUCAAGAGUGAUAUUAAAGCUGCUGUUGCUGUUGAACAAACUGUUGCUGAGGAAGUGGCAGAUGUUGCAGCAGAAUUAGAAAACGCAGCGAUUACCGAGGAAAGAUUGGCGAAGAAAAUUGAUUUAGACGACAGUCAGCUUCACACUCCACUGCCUGAUGCCAUGUCCACGGUGGUGGCCAUGGUCCUCCAGGCUGCCGAUCAAGCAAGUGAUGCUGAAGUUACCGAAAGUCAGCCGAACACUGAAAAGACUUCUGCGCUCGAAGAGGUUCCGGAGACGUCCGUGGUAUCGUCAACGUUGAACGCCGAAACCCACGCAGAAACUGGUAAUGUUGAGCUUGACAUUUUCCGAGAUGAAAUUACUGACGAUUCUAAUGCUGGAAAAAACACGAUAGUUGUAGCACCAGAAAGCUCCGAUUCUUUGUCAGGAACUUUGCUUGAACAGCCAGCGGUGGUGGAUUUUGUUGACGUCCAACAAUCGAAUCAGCAAGAGGCCGAUAAUGCAAGAACAAACGAAAAGACAGAAGCAAUUGUACAUGUUGAUGAAGUUUUAGUGCAAGCAGACGAUUUACCAGCAGUGACUGUCGUUGAAAAGGACUUUUCGCAAACAAAAAUUAACUCAAAACCCACGAAGAGCACGCCUGAAUUACGCGGUAAGUCUCUCUCCGUAGCUACCAAAGUCGAAGAAGAGACAACCCAAGUGGCUAAAGGAGACGCUGCCGGGGUAGAGGCAAGUUCGUCAGAUGCAGCAACCAAGGCUGCUGUCCAAGCCGCCCUCUCAGGACCAGUUCCUCCGAACGCAGCAAUUGUUAUUUUUCCAGCUUCGCCUGCAGUUGAGGAAACUCAAACUGAAGCCGAUUUGCCUAUUCAGGCGGCAGCAACUGUCAAAGUAGUCACUGAAGAAACUGAUACCGAAGCUCCAGCUGUCCAGUCCAUCAGUGCGUCGGUCACCGAUUCGGCAAAUACGGCAGUUGUAGAUUCAGUUAGUGAGGCUGUAGUUGAAUCCACUAGUGAGGCUGUAGUUGAAUUCGAUAGUGAGGCUGUAGUUAAAUCCGCUAGUGAGACAGUUGUCGAUUCCGCAAGCUCUCACUCUGAUGUUUCGUCCGAUUCUGCCGUUGACUCUCCCGUGAGUGCGCCCGUUGCUGAACUUGUCACAACUGUAGAAGCUGUUAUCAAUGAAGCCACAGCUACAACUCAACCUGAACUUGGAUCGACUGCUUCCCAGGCUGCCACGCAGACGCUUGAAUCUAACGACAUUACUAUAAAACGUCAGCCUCCAUCAGCCCAAGGUAAUUUGCUUGUAGAUCCAGCAACCAAAUCCACAUUUUUCAGCACGUCGUCUUUCGGUUCCCCGAUCUCAGCUGCAAACUUGAUCUUGGGACAACCGGUUAGAGUUCCAGGCGCCUUCUCUUUCAAUGGCCGAGCUACAGCACAGCAAACACCAGAGGCUUUUCAACCCAGAGACUUCGUCGACCCUCGCUUCAGGCAGUUCAUUUUUGAUAACGAUUCUCCCGACGUCGUAGCAGCCAAAAUAAACUUUUUCCGUAUAAGAGCGGCAACUUUGGGAGCCCCAAUCGCCAUCAGUUUGGGCCCGGCACCGGGGGCUGCCACUGCUGCACAAGCCUCAACAACAGCAGCUUCCCCCAGUUCUUAAAUGCCAUCAAACAUUAACAAUGAAUCGAUAUUGAAAUAAGAGCUGAAAAAAUCAUGUGUUGGAAUAUUCAGUAAGAGAACGGUCAGUAGUACGCAGGACAAGUUUGGCAUCACCUCUCGUUUUUUAUGUUUAAAAUGUAGGCUUUAUUGUCGCUAAGAAAUCUCUAUUUUUCAUUACUUUUCGUAGUAAAUUAUUUAUUCAAGACGUUUAAGAACGAGUAAAUAUUUAGUAUCCAAUGAAGA